AUGGAUUUUGAUGAGGUUUGCAGAAACAAAGCAGUGGUAACGGCUGUCAAGCUGUCAAGGGAUUCCAGUCACCCCCUGAAUGCCUCGGACAACUCGGGUCCAAUGUUCCCCAGCAUCAUACAGAAGUAUGAUGAUCAGACAAAUGACGAAUCGGAAGGAAUUGUUGUUGUCGUUGAAGAUCGCCGUGCAGUCGUUGGAGAUCACCCAGCUGUCGUUAGCGAUCGCCCAGCUGAACUUGACGAAAAAGCAAACAACACAAUGAAGUUGCAUAUUGAUGUCCUAAAUCGGCAGAAAGUGCGCAAAAGUGUCCUACGUAAGGCUUGCUCCGAAUUAUUCAACAUACAUCCAUCGAGAGACCGCAAGCUGACUAAAAAGGCACUCGCCUCAAUGCAGCACACCCUUGUCAUUGAUAAGUAUCGCUUGCUGUAUUGCUAUGUGCCAAAGGUAGGGUGCACUAGCUGGAAGCAACUCUUCCUCGUGGCCUACGGCAUCGUCGAUAUCAAGGACCGUCAGAAAAGUAUGCAUAAGGAAUCCAACUCUGCCUUCAAGACACCGGGCCAACUGGAACAGACAGAGGCCAAUAAGAAACUCCAAGACUACACUAACUUUCUGUUUGUUCGCAAUCCUUUUUCACGCCUGCUGUCGGCCUAUCGCCAAAAGAUGGAUGGAAGGAAUCCGCAGGAUCGCAAGCAAUGCCCCUUUUGUCAUUCUGUUACCCAGUGGUUUAUCACAACCGAUCCCAAAUAUCUGAAAGGGAGGAAUAAGACUCAACCAUAUUCGUUCGUUGAGUUUGUUCGAUUCGUCAUCGCGCAGAAAACACCAAACGAUCACUGGACCGUUCAAUACGAGUUAUGUCAUCCAUGUACGGUCGACUACGACUUCAUCGGAAAGUACGAAACCGUGCAAGAGGAUGCAGAGACAUUUUUAAGAUCGGCGACGAACGAUUCCUCGCUCAAGUACCCAGAUACUGAUCCUGCAAAGCCAAUCACUGACAGUUCCAGCGAUGAGAACAUGGUAAAGUACUACCGCACCAUCCCGAACGAUGUCUUCAAGUCCCUUAUCGCUUUCUUCUAUCGUGAUCUUAGAUUGUUCGGUUAUUCCAUACCGGAUGCUAUAUGGAGACCACAGUUACGGUUGUCGAAAUUACAAGUGAAGUUAAAGGAACUUGGGUAG